AUGAAAUCAAAUUCAUUAGCUGAACCAAUCAAUCAAGAAUCUAUUCACAGUAGCCCACUUGGCGGUGGAAGUAAAGAAGAACACGCUCGAUUGGUCACAAUUAAUCAGAAUAAUUUACUCGACAAAGUGAUUGUCUCCAGCAGUACACUGAUAACUUGGCCAGUAGAAUUAACUUCAAUGCAUAUUUAUUCAACACAAAACAUGGAAAUAAUUCCUCCACCCAAUACUUCUGCAAACACUAACUUAUCUCUUGUAACACAAAAAGUUCACAGUAAAGACGAUGAACCUAAUGAGGCCUAUGGACAACAACAACAACAGCAACAACAACAAACUUCCCCUAAAAUCUCUUUAUCAAUAAGUUUAAAACGACAGAAACGUAAAGAAGUCGUCGAUUUUGAGGAUUGUUGUAGUCUUAGUAUUCAAGCAGAAGUCAAUAUUCCCUACUGUUUUUCUGAUGAGCAGACGGAGAGUAAAUAUAGUGAUAAAAAAUCACGAAGUGUAUCAGAAAGGAAUGAAAAGUUUAAGGAGAAAUAUCGUAGUGGUACUAGUGAAGAACACUUGCCUCCGGACAAUCAUCGUGAUUCACCUAAUCUGAAAAUUAAAAGAAAAGAUUCCAAUUCAUCGCCAACAACAUGGAUUAAAGACAGUUGUAAAACAGAUAUAUCAAUAACAUCAGUAAUUGAUUUAAUUCAUGGAAAAAUGUACAAGAAACAAGAUAAAGACGCGAUUGUUACAACUGAAUUGGAGGAUAAUAUAGAGAAUACUACCAGUCUAAGAGAUUUACAAGUACACUCCAUUAUGAAACAUAUUCCUUCAGAAGAGUAUGAAAAAGAUAAACCAUAUGAAAGUUCUAUUCAACCAGAAAAUAUAUUAACAAGUGAAGUACUCGACGAUGUUAAUGCAUCUGAUGUAAACGGUAAAAGUGUUACAAAUAACCAAGAGGCUUAUAUCGGUCAAAUAUCAAACGAUGGAAUCAAAGCAGAAAUUCCUACAACAUUAAAUGAUGAUAACACUGAGGAAUAUAAUCAACAAGACCAGACUAAAAUCUACCAAAAAUUAUUUCAGAAGACAUCGACAGACAGUGAUCUCCGUGAAGUUCAAGAAGAUUUACACUCUGAUAAAAGAAUUCAACAACCCCAACCAAUUGUACGAACACAAUCGGAGAUUAUCCAGUCUACUAGGGAACCACAAAUACAGAAUAUUGUUGAAAAUAUGCGCCAUCAAUCAUAUAUUGACGAGAAAAAAGAUGAGCAAAAGAUGGUAAAGAUAAAGUCUAACAAACAAACCCUACCAGUCAGCGUAUCACCUACUGGAAUAUCCCAGCCAACUGUACAAACACAGUUGGAUUUUAGCCAACCUAUCAGGGAUCUACAAAUGCAGAGUACAGUUGAAGGUAUUCAACAUACGUCAUAUAUUGAAUCUGACAAACAAUUCCUACCGGUGAACGUGAUACCUCCUGAAAUAUCGUUAUUUUCAAGUAGUGUGAUUAGUUUCCGACUGUCUUCAGAUAUUGAUGAAAUACACGAUCAACCAUCGAGUAUUAGAUUACAGCCUAGUCUAGAGAUUGCAUCAACUUGUUUACUAACAACUGAUCGUCGUUCAGAAUUACAAAAUCCUGUUCAAAUUACAAAUAAAUGUCACUCGGAUUUUGAAAUGAAUGAACAGACAGCAUCAGAGUUUCAAAUAUCAUCAGCACCACCACCAAUGGAUUACUCUAGACCAACAUCACCAUCAUCACAUAAAAGUCGAAUGGUAAAUCUAUGCGAAAAUACCCUGGAAAUUCUAAUUGAAACAAAAGACGAUGGAGAGGCGAUUAAAAAUGUGAAGAUAACGAGUGAAUUAAUUUUAUCCAUUUGUAACACUGGUGAAAAUGACAGUAAACUAUUGAAAUUUCGUGCUUCAAGUAUCCUCCCACCAGAUUUUUUAUGCUUUAAACAAUCCAACCAAAUGGAUAAGUCUGACAGAUCACCGAGUCGGAAGCUGUUAUUAUUAUCAUCAUCACCAGAGAAUCAAAUUAACACCGAAGAAGAGGAUAAUACUUUACCAAAAUGGAGUAUUAAAGAGGAUACUACUAUUGGAGGACAAGAUAACAGUGUGGAAUUGUUGCAUCAAUCAUUAAAUUAUCCAAAUGGAAAAGCUCCAUUGAAAUCGUCACCACCACCACUACCAUCAGCAGCAGAAGAUCAGAGAUCAAAGAAUUCACAGUCAGGUUAUGCAGAUUUGUUAAGUACUAAAAAAGCAUCAUCUCAAGAAUUAGAUAAGCAAAGUGAUAUUCAAAUGAAGGCGAAUACUAGUCAAUCGGUGAAUGGUACUUAUGAUGAGAAUUCGGAGACGAUAAUAAUGAACAGUGAGUUUUCUGGUUAA